CCUUCCCUCCCUCUCCCGCUGCCUCUCCGUGUUUGCGUUUGACAAAGAAAUGAUUUGAACUUCCCGGAGCCGCAGAAAAUCGGGAUCCCGAGGCGCACCCGGGCCCAUAUGGAUGUGAUUUCCCAGCCCUCUCCCAGAUGAUCCAGCGGCACCGGGAGCCGCGGCGCUGAGCGCCUCCGCUGCCUCUCCCCAUGGGCUCCGCGGCGGAAUUUUGGGAGCUGCCCGCCACUCCAGCCAUGAGAAAACGAGGAAAAGCCCCGGGAUCUCUCGUCAUGUGCCUCUCCGGCUGAAAACUGGGGGAGCCGAAGGAAGGAAAUCCCGCGGAUCCUGGGGGGCACGCCGGGGAGGACGAGGAGAAAUCCGCGCCGCUGGAAUUGCGAGCUCGCCUCGUCCCGCUUCCCUGCGCGAGGCUGGAUGCUGGAAGCAGCCCCUUGGAUAUGGGAUCAUAUCUGGUGUAUCCCAGCCUGGGUUUGAUCCUCUGCUGCUCCGUGCUCAGCUCCGUCUACGCGCUGGUGGAUGCCGACGAUGUCAUCACCAAGGAGGAGCAGAUCUUCCUCCUGCUGAAGGCCAAGGCCAAGUGCGAGCGCCACCUGAAAGCCAAGGUGCCCAAGGUGCACGAUGGCUUCUGCCUUCCGGAGUGGGACGGCAUCGUGUGCUGGCCCGAGGGCGUGCCCGGCAAGGUGGUGGCCAUGCCCUGCCCCGAGUACAUCUACGACUUCAACCACAAAGGCCACGCUUAUCGCCGGUGUGACCUGAACGGGAGCUGGGAGCUGGUCCCGGGCAACAACCGCACCUGGGCCAACUACAGCGAGUGCGCCAAGUUCCUCACCAACGAGACGAGGGAAAGGGAGGUCUUUGAUCGCCUCUAUUUGAUUUAUACUGUUGGAUACUCCAUCUCCCUGGGAUCCCUCACAGUUGCUGUCCUUAUCCUGGGAUACUUCAGACGUUUGCACUGCACUAGGAACUACAUCCACAUGCACCUGUUUGUGUCCUUCAUGCUGAGGGCCGUCAGCAUCUUCGUGAAGGACGCAGUCCUGUACUCCGGGUCAGCCCUGGAGGAGAUGGAGCGGAUCUCCGAGGAGGACUUGAAAUCCAUCACGGAAGCACCUCCAGCGGAUAAAUCGCAGUUUGUGGGCUGUAAAGUAGCUGUCACCUUCUUCCUCUACUUCCUGGCUACCAAUUACUACUGGAUCCUGGUGGAAGGGCUCUAUCUCCACAGCCUCAUCUUCAUGGCAUUUUUCUCAGAGAAGAAAUAUCUCUGGGGAUUCACAUUAUUUGGCUGGGGACUCCCUGCUGUGUUUGUCACAGUGUGGGCCAGCGUCAGAGCCACUCUGGCCGACACAGAGUGUUGGGACUUGAGUGCUGGCAAUUUAAAGUGGAUUAUUCAGGUGCCCAUCCUGGCAGCUAUCGUGGUAAAUUUUAUUCUCUUUAUCAAUAUUAUCAGAGUCCUCGCAACCAAGCUCCGAGAGACGAAUGCAGGGAGGUGCGACUCGAGACAACAGUACAGGAAGCUGCUGAAAUCUACCCUCGUCCUUAUGCCUCUGUUUGGCGUUCACUAUAUUGUUUUCAUGGCUAUGCCAUACACAGACGUGUCAGGGAUUCUUUGGCAAGUUCAAAUGCACUAUGAAAUGCUGUUCAACUCUUUCCAGGGAUUUUUUGUUGCCAUCAUAUACUGUUUUUGCAAUGGAGAGGUCCAAGCAGAAAUAAAGAAGUCAUGGAGCAGGUGGACUUUAGCACUUGACUUUAAAAGGAAAGCCCGGAGUGGGAGCACAACCUACAGUUAUGGACCAAUGGUUUCCCACACCAGCAUCACAAAUGUAGCCACCAGAGGGGCGCUUGCCCUCCACCUCAACACGAGACUUAUUCCAGGGACCCUCAACGGCCACCGGAAUUUGCCAGGUUAUGUGAAAAAUGGCUCCAUUUCAGAGAAUUCCAUGCCUUCCUCCGGCCCGGAGCAGUACAACAAAGAUGAGGAAUACCUGAAUGGCUCCGGGCUUUAUGAUGGAGACAGACCCACGGUCCUUGUGGAAGAGGAGAGAGAGACAGUGAUGUAAGGACAGGAGGAGGAAAGAAAAAAAUUCAGCCAAAGGAUGAAAAAAGAUUCCUGGAGAGCAUGUAGUGGGAAAAGACCAUCAGGCCAUGCAGCGGAUUCCAAGGGUUUCCAUGCAGCUCCUCUGUUCUGUGGAAUGAGAGAUUAAGUUAUUUGGGGGGGGGAAAAAAAGUGAGCCACCAGCGUGGCCAGUGGGUGAUGCCAUCCAUGAAUUCCAUGUUCCACGUUGUCCUGGUGAUAACAGAGCUCUCCAGACCUGCUGGACACCGGAGAUCCUGGGAGCUCACCAGGGAGGGCUGCAGAGCCCUGCGUGGUCCUUGGAUCCCUCGGAGAGUGUGGGCGGCCAAGGAGGACGGGAGCGUCCCCCAGGAAAGCAGGAGGCGUGCAGGGAGGGUGCAGUGCCAUCGUCCUGGGAGGGGACAAGCCACCCUGGGGGGCAGUGGCUUGGGUUUGGUUUGUUCUCUGCCUGUGGAUCUGCCUGGCGACACACACAGGGUUGGGGAAGGCCCCGCCAUCCGUCGGUCACAUGUUGGGUACCACCAGUUCCAUGAUCUUCUUCCCUUGGGAAUUCUCACUCCGUGGCAAAAUGCUCUUCUGUGGUGGGGAGGGUUAACAGCUCAUGCAGGCAGGCAGGGAUUGUCCUCUCCUUUCCCUGAAUCCUGGGAGCAAGGCAGGAACUGGUACAAUUUUAGGGUUGGAUGUGGUUAUCGGAAUGUGCGGCAUUCCUGCUCUUCCAGAGGGGGAGUUGGAGAGGGAACCACCAAGGUGCACAUCCCAGAGGGGUGAUUGUGGCCAAAAUCAGCUCCUAGGGUGGAAAACUCAGCCCUCCCUUUUUGUGGGUGCUCAUGGAAAACGGCUUCAGUCCUUUCUUAAAACUCGGGAUUGUUCCUCACUCUUCACAUUCUCCUCACAGAAUUCCAGACUGGUUUGGGUUAGAAGGGACCUCAAAGGUCACUUUGUUCCACCCCCUGCCAAGGCAGGGACACUUCCCACUAUCCCAGGUUGCUCCAAGCCCUGCCAACACUUCCAGGGAUGGAGUAUCCACAGUUUCUCUGGACAAUUAAUCCACAAUCUCAUGUGGAGGAAGACUCCAUUAGCUGUUCUUCUGAGGGCUAAUUAAGGAUUAAUUUCCCCAGACUCUGAAGGAAGUCAGGAAGAGCAGGUGGGAUCCUGACUUUGUGUCCUACAUCUUUAUCAACCUCUCAGAUCAGGGCCUGACCAAAGCCUGGUGGAAUCCGGGAUAAAGUCUCCUCCCUCUGACAUCUCCAAGGUUUGGAUUCAGACCUGGAGGGGGAUGUGGUGGCUGUGAGGUUCUGACAGGAGCUGGAGCUCCUCUCCAUCUAUUGCAGGUCACAGAAUCCCAGAAUCCCUGAGGCUGGAAAAGCCCUCCAAGGUCAUCAAGUCAAGCUGUGCCCAAUCCCCACCACAGCUCUGAGUGCCACAUCCAGGAAUUUCUUGGACACUUCCAGGGAUGGGAGCUCCAAACCUCCCUGGGCAGCUCCUUCUGAGGCUGAUCACCCUUUCCAUGGGGAAAUUCCUACUGGUGUCCACCCUGAGCCUGAAAAAAGGCCUGAGGCCGUUCCCUCUUGUCCUGAACAGAAAUCUUUGACAGCCAAUAUUUAUUUGUGAUGUUCUUUUCUUGUUUCACCUCAUCAAAAGAAGUCAGACCUCAUCAUAACCCUUUCCCACCAAACAAGAGUUAUCAAAAUAUCAACUUUUCAAAAAUUAAUCCAUUUUCCUGCUCUCUUCUUCUACCCCUCCUGAUUUUCUGGCUCAAAAACAUUUCUAAAUUAUCAUUUCACUGCUGGAACAAAGAAAAAAUACCAAAAAACCCCAACCAGUGACUCACUCUUUGCUUGUGUUUAUUACUCAAGAUUGAGAACAUUUGACAAUCCCUCAGAAAUUCAAGGAAUCAGCAAAAGCCAUAAAUUUAUUUAUAAACAAACAUAACCCCCCUCCUAAAAUGCAGCUCUCACUGAAAUGAAUUCAACACUGGAUUAUUUAGGAUUAAAAUAAAUCAAACCUGGUUUUAAAUGUAGAUGAAAAUUACAGGCACUAUGGUUGUGCAGGGGGAAGAAAUAUUUUUUUAAAUCCUUUGAAUUGCAAAUCAUAAAUAGAUUUUUCUUUCCUGAAUGUUUGUGUGCAUGAGCAGCAUCCGUGUAAAAACUGGGAUAAUGCUGACACCAAAACAGAGGGAAAACUGCCACUAAGGCCCAGCAGGAUCUGUUUGUCACAGUGUGUUCCCAUCAUUCCUGGGCUGAUCCCAAACUCUUGAUUAAGUCUAUGGAUCAGGAUUAUCUGGAGAUCCAGGGUCAUCCCUCCUGGAUUUUAGUGAGGAAGAAUCAGAGCUGGCAUGUCUAGAAAGAGAGAAGAAGCCCCAGUUUCGGGUUAGGAUUUGCCCAGGAAGGACAAAUGGAAUGAUCCUGUUGGAGCUUAGCCAGUCCUUCGGAUCCAGAGCAGGCUUCUCUUCCCUUCCCCCAUCACCAGAGCUGAGGACAUUUCCCAAGGAGUUUGUCCCCAUCCAAAGGUCUGAGUUCCCCUGGGUUCCUCCCCUGUGGGGUUUUCCUGUGGAAACACAGCCCCAAAAACCAUGGGAAACAGAAACCUUGGAGGGGAGGAUUCAUUAGUUCAGGAUUCACUCACUGCCCUCCACAAAUCCUGCAGGAAUGACAGGGCUUGUGCCCAUCCUGGUUCAGAUCCAACAUGGGAUCAUGGAGAGGAGAGCAGACUGGAGCUGGGGUGCAGCAAACGUGGCACGGAAUUGUUGUCAUGGAAUCAUUGUCAUGGAAUUGUUGUCAUGGAGUUGUUGUAAUGGAAUCGUUGUCAUGGAAUCAUUGUCAUGGAAUCAUCCCAGAAUGAGCUGGGCUGGAAAGGACCUUAAGGCCCACCUCAUUCCAUGGGCAGGGACACCUUCCACUAUCCCAGGUUGCUCCAAGCCCUGUCCACCUUGAAAAACAGUGGAAAAAACUUUCCCAAGUUCACUUCAAGGAGGAGGAAAAGAUCCAAAAGAGCUGUUCCCUGUUUCUCCCUUGUUUUCCCUCCUCCUUUGUGUCAGAUCUGUGCCCGUUUUCCUCUCAUCCUAGAAAACAUCUGGCAAUGCUCCAUGGAGUAUUUCCAUGGAGCCUCUCACUUCUACAAGCCAAGCUGUCCAUUGCAGCAUCCCGGCUGACUGGCUCACAUGGAAUCUCUCUGGAAUCUUUUGGAUCAUCAUCCUCUUCUUCAGAGCCACAUGUUGGGCUUGGACAGGGAAUCUCACCCCCGGCAGGUUCCUCUAUUGUUCCUCUUCUAUUCCCAUCCACGGCAGCAGAGUUCUCCUCGGGAUUCCUUGCUCCAUGAUCCUGCUCUUCUCUGGGAUUUGACAGCUGUUUAAUCUUCCUUUUACUUUUUGGGAUGACUUUUUGGCAGCAGUUUUGCCGUUCCUGCUUCUCCUGGAUAAGGGCAGACAAUUGUUUUUCUGCCUCCUCCAUUCCCCUUGGUCUGGGUUCAGAUGAGAUCAUGUCUUGUCCUACCCCUCAUCAUUCCUCAGCUCUGCUCCUUGUCUUGUUCUGGAGCCAAAAAAGUUCACAAAGAUCUCCCAAAAUUGAAUUUUUUAGCCAGGGAUUGGCUUUGUUUAUCUGUUUAUGGGCAAUCAGCUGGAGGUCAGGGAACAUCCACAGUGCUGGGAAGAAUUUUCCGCUUUUUAAACCAUGAAAAUCCACAGAGAGGGAAGAUCUCCAAAGUUUUUAUUCCUUUUGGUUGUCUGGACAAACUCAGUGGCCAAAAGGAUUUUUAAUUUCAGGUUCUGAUUUUUCAAAAAGUUAAGAAACCUCAUUUAUAGAUUGGGCUCUUUUUCUCACAUGUCUUCCUUGGUGAUUCCAUGUUAUCCUUGAGGUUUUCGUGUCCUCCUUGGUGUUUCCAGGUCAUCCUUGGUGAUUCCAUGUCCUCCGUGGUGAUUCCAUGUCCUCCUUGAUGUUUUAAUGUCCUCCCUGGUGUUCCCAAGUCCUCCUUGGUGUUUCCAGCUCCUCCUUGGCCGUUUAAAGAGACACCAAACAGAGACACCAAACAAACUUUGCUGAGACACAAAUCCAUCUGAUCUGCUUCAGUUAGUGAUUAACUCCAAACUAAUUUGCUGUCAAGGCUUUUAAAGGCCCUUGAUAAAUCUCCUAAUCCUGGUUUUCCUUCCCUCAGUGCUGACAGGAAUCCUCACUGCCUGCUCUUUGCUCUGUAGGAGGUUUGGAGCCUGGAUUUUCCUCUGGGAGUCUUUUCCCACACUUCAAUUCUUUUUUCCAAACUAUCCCUCCAAAACAACACCAAAAUCUUAUUUAAAUAACUUAAUUCAGCAUUUAAUUUCCCCUUUUAACUGGGUGCAAAUUUGGCUGGAGAAAAGGAUUUAUGGUUCAAAGCCAAUCUCAGCUGACAGUUCCCAGACCAAUCCAGAGCUUUGGGAUGGGAAUGUGAUUUCCUUGGAUCACCUUGGAUCACUCACUGUACUCAUCACACCUGGGGCAGAGUUCAGGUGUCGUGGGUUGGAAAUUACUCCCAAAUAGUCCUAAAUCUUGGUGGAUUUAUGGGAAAAGGGCACAGAGAUCAGAGAAAACACUCAUUGUGUUUGUGCCCCACUCCAGGAGGAUUUCAAACAACAAAAUAGAAAUCUUAAGCUAUUGUUGUUUAUUUUCUGGGGUCCUGCUGAGUGCUCUGCUGGGCUCUGGACAGUGUCUGGAAUUCUGGCUUCUCCCAGUUCUCUGUGCUGGAUAAAACCUCUCCAGUGAGUGGGCAGAGACGUUCUGAGCUGGACUCCAGGGCAGGACAGCUGGAAGCAGCUCCAGUGUGGAUUUGAUAUUCCUUGGCAUGAGGCAGGAGCUGCUCGGCUGAGGGGAGUUGGGGGAACUCAGAGCAGAGAAAAGGCAGAACAGCUCUGGAGCUAAAGCACAGCUCAGGACUCAGGUCCAAUUUGCAGAAUGGAUUUCAAAUCCAGCUUCCAACUGCAGCUCCAGAAAUGCUCUGCUGAGAAUUACAGACCAGGCUCGGUGUUGGGAUUAAAUCCAAGGACACCCAAUGAUCAGCUGGACAUAAUCCCAUUUAUCCUUUCCUUUCCUUUCCUUUCCUUUCCUUUCCUUUCCUUUCCUUUCCUUUCCUUUCCUUUCCUUUCCUUUCCUUUCCUUUCCUUUCCUUUCCUUUCCUCCUUCAUUCUCCUUCCCAUCCUUUCAUGUGAACUCAGAUCCUCCAACUUUUUCCACUGUUUUCCAGGUUUCCAGUAGCCCCAGAGCACACAAAGUUCCCAAAAAUAUCAACAUUUUGCCAGGAUUUGGGAGUCAAGUGGAGGAAAGAUGAUCCUGGGAGAGCAUUAAAAGAAAGAUUAACUCAGGUUCCUCUGGAAUCUUUCCCACAGAGCAGGGAAGGGUUUCCAGCCCAGCAUUUCACCCUCCAAGUGAACAACAGCUCCCCUCAAGGAUCUCAGUGCUCCAGAGUUCCCAGAAAUCUUUCUAGCAUGUCCAGGGAUUUGAGAUUAGAGCUGAUACAACGUUACAUAUUCCUGUUUAAUUUGAGUUUCACCCUCUCAUCUGCUCCUGUGGUUUCUGCACCCAGCUGUGGGGUGGUGAGUCUGGUUGGAGUCGAUGAUCCAAGGGGGCUUUUCCAAUCCCAGCGAUUCCUGAUUCUCUGAUAGGUCUCCUUUGGGAGCACUUAGUCCCUUGAGUACCCAUGGCACAUCCCAAAAUCUGUCCCCAGAGAGGCAUUUCCAGGGCUGGAAAUCAGCUGAGGGGUUGGCAGGGGGCAGGAAUGAAUGGAUAAGUUCUGGAAAGCUCACCCCGUUAAUCAGGAGUAACUCCAAUAAAUCUGACUUCUUUCCAUGCAGACAGAUCUGACAGAGAUAAAUUAGUGCCUAAUUAGGAUUUCUCCUAAUUGGAGGAAUAUUAAGAGAGGAAAAGGGGGAAGGUGGGGUGUGACAAAGUCAGUACAAUUUCCUUUUCAUCCUCACUGCCACUUUUCCUUCUUUUUUUCACUAGCAAAAGAGGUAAAUUAGAACAAACUCAGCUUAAGAACACAGAAUUCUGACCCAUUUUUUCUGGGUCCCACAGAGAAACUUCUCCCUUCGACUGGCGCAAUGGUUUUCCUGGCCCAUUAACUAAGGAAUUCAAUGGAAUUUAAUUAUUUCCUCUGACUGGGGGUUAAUGAUUUUGGGCUAACGAUGGGGUGUGCAAAACCAGAGGUGCUGGCACAAUUUGGGAUGAAAUCCUGAUCCCAAGAAAAUCAGCACUGAGGUGUUUGUUGAUUUCCAUGGAGUGGCCUUCACCCAAAAAUUCUGAAAAGGGCAAUUAUUCAAAUAAAUUCCCUGUUCCCAAAACCUUAAUUGGCACUGGGACUUCAGGGUGUCUUUAUCCUUCAGAUCCAGAAUCCAGCAGGAUCCCUGACAUCCAGAGGUAGGAGAAGGUCUGAGGGGAAGCUUCCUCUCCUAAAAUUCUUCAUUUUCUCUUGGUAUCAGCUUCCCCAUUUGGAGAUUUAGGAUGUGGGAGACACUUGGCUGGAAGUACCUGGAAUUAAAAUGUUUGGGAUGGAGGGAUCAGUGUGUGCCUGGUUUCCAAAAUGCCCAGGGUUGCAUCCUCUGAAAUAGGGAUAGAAAAGCCACUGGAAAAGCAGCUUAAGCCCAGCUUAACUAAAGAGUGGCCCAAGAAGGGAGCUCAGGUGCCUGAAGAGGAGACAAAACCAUGAGAAGCAGCAUUGAUUUAAAGCAGAGCUUUAUGAGACAUGAGCCAGCCUAAAGAUAGAGCUGAGCUGUUCUUGCUAGGCCAGUCUUUUACCUCAUCCUCUAUCUAAACAAAUCCUUCUUCCUUGAGAGCUGCAGGAAAGGAGCAAUCAGAGAAUCCCAGGAUGGGUUUAGGUUGGAAAGGAGCCUUAAAACCACCCAGUUCUGGUUCCAUGGAACUAUCCCAGGUUCUCCAAGCCCUGUCCAACGUGGCCUUGGAGAAGAAGCCAUUUGUUGUCAAAGGUGGGAUCUCUGGAAGGCCAGGUUGGAUGAGGCGGAGCUGGUGGGACAGGAGUGGUGGUGGUGGGGGAAGAGGAAGAACAGGCACAGCCGAGCACCAAACCCAUCCCACAUUCCAGAUCCUUGGUGGAGCUCUUCCCAUCAGGAUCCACGAGGAGACAAACCUGCUGCUGAACCCCUUCAGCUCAGCAGCUUCAGGGUGACCCAGCCCUGGUGGUCACCACAAAUCACGGGGUCUGGCCUUUGGGAAAAGGAGUUUUUCCAGGAUAUUUGCUCCUUUUUCCACUCAGAGCAGAAGGGAGAGGAGCAGGGGGGUGUUUGUCCCUCUGCAACACUGAAGUGGGUUUCAAGACCUUGUUCCCCUCCAGAAGAGGCACAAACCCCAAAAAGCUACAGGAUAAAGGUGUGAUUCCAGGGGCAUUGCCAUGUGUGUGUCUCCAGGCAGGAAUUUGUUUUACAUUCCUCCACUUCUGCUUUCUGCAUGGACCAAAGCAACGAGCGGGAAAAGGCAAACCACAGGUGUAUGUAAAAGGGAAUUCCAAUAAAAAAGAAACCUUUAUUGAUUCUCAUG